CUUAAUAGACUUGCAUGUCCUGUCUCGAGUCAGAUGCUCAGUAGUGCCUCGACGGACCUGUAGCCACCCCAGUCAAGACAGACAGCAUACCAACGAGUAUGUCCGAAGCAGUGCUGCAAGCUUGGGAGGGGCGCUUCCUCAGUGGAGAGCUGAGCGACUGCGAUGUGGUCUUCUUCCUGGAGCUCGGGUGUGAUGGCUCACCGCUGGGGCUCUACCGCAUGCUCUUCGGCGCCCCGCUGCCCGCGCACGCCCGCAUCCUGUGCGACGGGUCAGAGCUCUUCUCCGCUGAGCUAGAGCGCUGGCGGGUUGCAGCUGUGGAUGCAGAUGGCGGUAGCGCAGGUGCCAGCGGCUCAGGCGGCGAAGGUGCAGCGGGCGCCGCGGCAGCGGCAGCGGGCGCCGAGGUAGUGGCAAUGGCAAUGGGCGCCAGCAGGGCAGGGGAAGCGGAAGACGGCGGACGGCCGCAGCUGCAGGUGGGGCUGUGGGCUCCCGGGGAGCGGCGGCUGGCGGAGGCGCUUCUGCGCUUCAUGUACUGCGGCAUGCUGCGCCUCAGCACCAUGUCAGACCUGCUGCGGGCGCGGCCGGUGGCGCUGCGGCUGGCAAUUGAGGGCGGCGUGCAGGCCUGCGACAACCUCGUGCGGGCCACGCUCAGCGCCGCAGAGGCGGCGGGCAAGGCGGCGGUACGGGCGACUGUGGCAAAGCUCUACGCCUGCCGCGCACUGCUGCCUGAGCCCGACGACGCAGCGGGCGCCGACCCCACCGGGCCCGAACUGCGGCGGGACGUGCUUGCCUUCAGUCGGGCAGCUAUUGUGCAGCGCUGCAAGGACUUGUAUGACGCUAGUGCUGCUGCCCGUGCUGGUGCGGCGGCCGCGGCCGGCGCGGCGGCGCCACCUGAGGCUGGCGUGGCAGCGGCUGCUGCUGUCGCCGGUGCUGUUGAUGAGAUGGCUGGUGCGGCGGCUGGUGCGGCCGGGGUGCCUGUAGCAGCUACUGGGGCUGCAGCGGCGGCGGCGGGCGGUGCGGCGGGCGAGCAGCCAGGCAGCGACGGCCCGCCACUGGGCGAGCUGCUGGCUUUCGCAUUUGGAAGCGUGUCUUCAAUCCUCCAGGAAAGGCCCUUGCCAAAUGAGUUCCUUAGCCUUCCAGUGGGGGACAUCGAGGCAUUGCUUGCAUCGGAGGGCUUUGCCACGGAUGACGAGGCGAGUGUGGUGCUGCUGGUGGCGAUCUGGCGCUUACAUCGCAAGGACAAGGAGGCGCCCCAGCAAAUCGAUGCUGAUGUGCAGCGGCUGCUGCGACACAUCCGCUGGCCGCACGUGAGCGACGCCUUCCUGCUGCAGUACGCGCCGCACGUGCCCUGGCUGGGCAUGAGCUGGGAGCGCGCCGCGUGGCUGAGCAUGUACGCGCGGGCAACAACGCCGGAGCAACGCGCGGCCAUGGAAAGGAACGCAGUAAGACAGCAGCAGCAGCAGCAGCAGCAGGGUGGGGUGCAGGCCGCACCCGAGCACGUCAGCUUCCACCUGGAUGCGCCUGGCCACCGCGCGCCCCGCCGCCCCGCCGCCCGCCCUCCGGGUGUGCUGACCUACGCCGUGGAUGCACAGGAGCUCAUCUGCGCGCAGACGGGGCUGGUGAGCUCGGGACAUCUGGAGUCUAGGGGAGCCGCUGCGGUGGGCGGUUUCAUCUGGAUGCCCCGCGUGUGCCGGUAUGAUGGGGGCGUGGGCGUGGCGCUGGGGUGCAUCAUUGACGCCUAUGACGCCAGGCAGACUGUGCCUGGCACGGCCUUCCCCGGCAAGGACGUGGUCCUCGCAGUGCUGGACUCGGAGGGCCGGGUGGCGCACAGCCGCCCCUGCGGCAGCGCCAACGGCGGCGAGGGGAUCGGCAUUGGGUCUGUGUGCAGCACGCCGCUGAUGCUGGACCUGGAGGACAGGGCGGCGGAGGGCGCGGCGCGGUGGGCGCGGUACCUGCGGGCUGGCAAGCUGCAUAUCCAGGUGGAAUAUAUAUAGGUCGUAGGCAGCCGGGGUGGCCAGCCGCUUGCCUGCGGGGCACACGCACGGGCACGCUAAAGCAAGCGAGCGAGCGAGUGCGGUGGGGAUUGAGGUGGCAUGGGACGUGGCGAGGCCGUUGCCGUGCGGUACAUUAUGCGGUGACCGAAAUCCGAAGGCCAGGCGGUGUGGCUCUCGGAGCCUGAUUUGAAUGGUUAGAAGUGGGUGGGAGGCAUGAAGCCCGAGCAGGUGGACAGGCCGUAACAGAUUCCCCAGGAGCGACGUAUCACGUAUGGGAAGCUGAAGUUACCGGUAUGACAUGUGCUGACUUACCGCAGCGCGUUUGGUGUUGGGACUGUCUAAGAGAAGUGGUUGGCGAACAGCAGUCUGGCGAAGGCAGUCUUGCAGAGGCUGGCUGGCGCAGGCCGACUAAGGAAGGGCUGGCUGGCGUUGUCUGCUGUGCUGGGGUGUUGCGAGGCGAGGCCCUAGGCCGUCUACAGGAUGCAGCUUCGGGCUGCACCCAACAGUGUGAGGGCCCUGCCCUGUUGGUGCUGGUGGUUUGGGGUAGGAGUUCCACUUUCCAAAGUGGCAGGCGUCCUGACGCCGACCCGCGGCUUAGGUGAGCGGCGCUAGUGUUUGCGGUGAGCCUGGCUCGGGAAUCCUCCCCUCUUUUAGUGAGGCGAGGAGCAUGGCGGUUCUGUCCUCAAGUGAGCGUACGUGUCUUGUGCGUUUUUGCAGCCCUGGCUUGUUUGCGGCUGUCGUCCCACAUUUAACCUCUAUUCAAUAUUAAUGCCUAGUCUUUAGCGUUGAUGGGGGGCGCUCCGCCCCCCAAACCCCCCGGAAAGGCGACGGCUUCUCUGGGCAGGCUGACGAGUCGUACGGCUUUUCAGGCAUCCGGCGUUUUUGCAUUCUUACUCUAAUCAAUUUAUUGCUGUCUACCGUAAACAAGCCGCCCUCCCACCCUGCUCUGUAUGCGGGCCCUGGGCUGGACCGCGCCGGUGCUGCCGGGCUAUCGCUAGAGUAGAGCUACCCUUGGAGCUACCGGCCACAUUGGCCGGGCUGAGAGAUGGAGCUACCGGCCAGGCGGCCACAUUGGCAAAUGGAACAGUGACGGUUUGUUUUGCAAAUUUCAGGUUUUGGUGACGUUUUAGAUGGUUUCAGUGGCGAUCAAAUUAUAAAAUGUAACGACUCAAGGAACGAGAAGGGUACUUGGCGAGAUUUGGGUGCCGCAUGCAGCCUGAGGGCCUGCAUUGGGGCCCAUUUUUUGAUGAAGCCCGGCCUCACAGCCGCGUGCAGCAAGCUGCGUGGUGAGGAUGGGGAACAGGUAUUGGCACGGAUGCAAUGGGAGAGGGUAAGGGGCAGGGUGCGAUGUCCCGCGUAGGGAAGCAAGUAGCUGACAUCACUGAGUCCGAGAAACAAGUUAC